UUGUCAAUCAAAUUCAUUAUGGCYGACAGGGAAACAGUUUCAGCUUUUCUUUGCACUCGCUUGUCCUCUUCAACAAACAUAACCAAAAAAUCAUACUCAAAAGCAUGCUUUCGAAUAAUUCUAUAAACCUCCCCGAGAUGACGUCUGAAAGUUCUCCGCUUUUGGACCAGAGUAGGCCCCGGGACUACUAUGAUAGGACAUUUGAAAGAACAAGAACUGAGUCCGAGAGUACAGGCAAUUCAUUAGAAGUUAAUAGAGACUUUGAGGGGAUGCUUAAUCGGUCUUCUGGAGGACAUGAAAGUCUUCAGAAAAUUUUAGCAAAAUACGAGAGUUUAGAUUACGAUAUUCCAGAAAAUACACUUUAUUUAAAAGAAAUAAAAUCCUAUACAGGAGAGGAGAUAAUUCGUACCAACAUCAAUAGAUGGGUUGUAAUGUUCAUCAUUGCAGUCAUCACUGCUCUCAUAGCAUGUGCWAUUGAUAUCUGCAUUAGUCUGUUGUCAGGAUGGAAAUAUAAAAACAUCAAAAACUAUAUUGAAAAGUGUACUAGUGAACACUGUAUUGCAGCUCCCUAUGCACUGUGGGUAGCUAUUGAUGUAAUGUUUGUAUUCAUUGCUGCAAUGUUGGUCACAUAUUUGGAGCCAGUUGCUGCRGGCAGUGGUAUACCACAAAUAAAGUGUUAUCUAAAUGGUGUUAAGGUGCCCCAUGUUGUCAGAUUCAAGACUCUUCUUACAAAAGUUGUUGGAGUCAUCUUUUCAGUUUCUGGAGGUCUGGCAUGUGGCAAGGAAGGGCCAAUGAUUCAUUCUGGUGCUGUUAUUGCCGCAGGGGUAUCCCAGGGAAGGUCAACAACAUUCAAUAAGGACCUGAAAAUUUUUGAGUACUUCAGGACUGAUCAUGAGAAACGAGACUUUGUGUCUGGAGGCGCUGCUGCAGGUGUUGCUGCAGCCUUUGGUGCUCCUAUAGGUGGUGUUCUAUUUAGUUUAGAGGAGGGCGCUAGUUUCUGGAACCAGUCAUUAACCUGGCGUAUGUUCUUUGCCUCCAUGGUCUCCACCUUUACUCUCAAUCUUGUUUUGUCUAUCUACAAAGGUCAACCUGGYGAUCUAUCAAACCCUGGCCUUAUUAACUUUGGAUCAUUUGAGGGAAGUCCAUAUUAUGGUUAUGAGUUACCAAUUUUUAUGAUCAUGGGAGUGAUAGGUGGUCUUCUUGGUGCAUUGUUUAAUGCUAUCAAYCAUCACCUGUCUCUAUUCAGAAUGCAGUAUGUCAAAAAGAAUUGGAUGAGAGUACUUGAAGCAUGCAUUGUGGCAACGCUGACAGUAUCCACAGCAUUUGUCCUUAUUUACUUUCACAAUGACUGCAGACCUCUGGGCACAGCCAACAUUACAGAUCCUCUACAGUUUUUCUGUAAUGAUGGAGAAUACAGUGCUAUGGGUACUUUAGUAUUCAGUACCCCUGAAGAAUCAAUCAAGAAUCUUUUCCAUUUGCAACCAGAGUCGUACACUCCUAUCUCCCUUCUAUCUUUCUUCCCAAUAUAUUUUCUCCUGGCUACCUGGACCUAUGGUCUCUACGUCCCUAGUGGACUAUUUGUGCCCUGUAUUCUCACAGGGGCAUCUUGGGGACGUUUAUUUGGGGUGCUUUUACACAAGGCAUUUCCUAAAGGGACAUGGGUGGACCCUGGAAGAUAUGCUCUCAUUGGUGCUGCAGCUACUCUGGGUGGUGUAGUACGUAUGACCCUCAGUCUUACUGUCAUCCUCAUGGAAGCAACAGGUAACAUCACCUAUGGUAUGCCUAUGAUGCUUGUUUUGAUGACAGCUAAGUUYGUAGGAGACUUCUUUAAUGAGGGUAUAUAUGACAUUCAUAUCAAGCUACAGGGAGUACCAUUCCUAGGCUGGGAACCUCCUGUUAUGGCCUCAGAAGUCUUUGCCAAAGAUAUUAUGAGCACACCUGUAAUUUGUUUCAAAACAAAAGAAAAGGUUGGUAGGAUAGUGGAUGUGUUGAAGGAUGGCAUGUCACAUCAUAACGGCUUCCCAGUUGUGGAACAACAAGAGGAUCAUUCUUCUAGUGAUACUGGACAGCCUACGUUCGGGGUAUUUCGUGGCUUUAGUCCUAUUGUACUUCAUUGUCUUUUGUUAUUUCAUUCUCUUGGGAAUGAUCGAAAACCAGCAAUUCAGUCCCUUAUGUGGUGCUAUACACAGUACAUUCUGCAGCUUCACUCUUUUCUUUCUUCUGUGCCACAGUUAUUCAGUGACUCUGACMGACCUUUAAGAAGACACGGCCUGCAACUGAAAGACUUCAGAGAUGCUUACCCAAGAUUUCCUCCAAUAAGAAAUAUCAACAUAUCUCAAAGAGAACGAGAGUGCUACAUAGAUCUUACGCCGUUUAUGAAUCCUGCCCCCUACACAGUACAAGAAAGUUCUUCAUUGCCACGCGUCUUCCGUCUGUUCAGGGCCCUGGGGCUGAGGCACAUAGUAGUGGUGGAUGAUCACAACAGGGUAACGGGUAUUGCUACCAGAAAAGACCUCGCGCGAUACCGAAUGUGGUCUCACCGAGGACAGACUGGACUCGAAGUUGUUCAUGUCUUACAGUCAUCUGAUUUACAUACAUAAAAAAAUCACCUGACUUCGCGAACUAAGACUGAGCUCGAGAUUUACCACCUCUUAUUCGUGAUUAACGUGUGAUUGACAAGAUCACGUGAUUACCGAAACAGGGCCAAGCGGAGCCCGAGGAAAGGUCACUGACGGAAUUGGGAAUUCACAAAUCCAUCGAUGAUCACUUGACUCAGUGUCGGCUUUUCACCGUCGUUGGACUAGAAAAUCGCGACGCCGAAAACAUUUUUCGAAAUUCAAUCAUUUUUUAUCAUCCAAUUUUGCAAGUAGCUCGCAAUAUCGCAAAAUGUAACCAAUUUAUACCGAUUUGUUUUUAAAAAAAACAUUUCAGUUUAAUAUAA